AUGGAGCACACAGCCACACCUGGGGGCCCGGGGCUCCCUUGUAGCCACAGGCAGGCCUUGGCCCUGUACCAGCACCUCUUUAGAUGCCCUGCAAGCCCGGGCCAGCUCCAGGCUGCCCUGCAGCAGGUGCAAGAGAGUCGGGCCUGUCGAUCAGGACUGGAGCUCCCCACUGUGUUGCUGGAGAUGGAGCGGAGCCGGCGGGCCCAGCAGCAGCUGCUGUGGGACUUGGAGCUGCUGACUGGGGCAGGGCUGAGCCUCUUCUGGCCCCCCUGGGCCAAGUUCUGUGGUCUGAGGGACCAGGCCCAGUGUGUACGGAGUCAGUGCGGCAAGCCCCAUGGUGGGACAGGCGGGGGCCCUGAGCGGCGGACCAGCUGGGCUUCUUGGUUCCAGUUCAGGUGGAAUGUGUGUGAGGGGCUGGGAUAUGAGCAGAGGGUUCCUGACAUUGUUCUUUCUCCCUCAGGUUGCUUACUAGAGCCGAACCCCACCAUCAGCAGUAGCUUUGGGGACCCAGGAAGCUCUGAGUUCAAGGACCUGGCCCAGAGGGGAGAGAGGAGACAAGCAGGACCUACAACCCAGAGGCCCUCCACAAGCCUAUGGGGGAGGAAGCUCGCUCAGGGAGCCCCAAGGCCCUCAGGCCUGCCCUCCCAGGGCCUGUCAGAACCCCAAGAUCCCCCUGUGGGGCGGGGCGGGAGCCUGGGCCAGGAAAGAGCAGAACUUCAGAAACUGCUGAGGACUGAGAUUCCUCAGAGGCAGAGACAGGAGGAUUCCCAAGAGCAUAAACAGCGUCCCCAGGGUCGGAAAGGGGAGGCCCCCAGCGGGGAGAGCGAAGAAGUUCCUAAGAGACAGAGAGAGAAGAUACACCAGGGUCAGAGUGGGGAGGCCACUGGGGCUCUGGGGGAGGAAGUCUCUGUGUACCCCCGGGGGGAGGCUCCCCAGAGUGAGAGGAGCGAGUCUCCUCAAGGUCAAAGAGGAAACAGCCCUCAGUGCCAGAGAAAAGAGGUCCUCCAGGAGCCGAGGAAGGAGACUCCUCGGGGCGGGGAAGUGAAGGCCCUUCAGACUUCGCCAGGCCGCAUCUCACAAGCCUGGGAGGUGGCUGAGGGAGAGGCGCCUACACAGCCCCCCGAGGAAGGCGCCUCCCUGGGAAUUUCUAGGGAUGUCUGCCGGUCCCUGGGAGAACAGAAGCCUCAGCCUGGGGGAAGGGAGAGCCCUGGCUCCGGUGAUAGGACCACCCAGCUGACGCAGGACAAAACUGACGGCGGGAGCCAAGAGUCGGCACCGGCCGCGGGAGAGCCGAGGGCCGUCCGGGAGGGGGCGCGGCCUCCCUUUCCACCCCGGAGGCUUCCGGCCCGGCCGCGGCUCCCAGGCCCAGGGGCCGAGCCGCUAGCGGCCCCAGGCACCGGGGGCUCGGGGCAGCAGGAGCACCCCGCGGCUCUCCCGGGGCGCCCAGGGCUGCUGCGCGACCCGCACGGGCUUCAGGACCCGGAGGGAAGCCCGGGCCCGGCGGAGCAGGUGCGCGGCGGCUCCGCUAGGCUCCUGGGCGCCGUCGGGGAGCGGGGGGGCGGCGCGGAGGCCCCCGAGGCCUCGAAGGCCGCGUGGCCCGCGCUCCCCGGCCGGGAGAAGGCGUCGGCGGGCGUGAGCGCGGCGCAGCAGGAGACGGCUCUGCAGCGGCUGCUGGAGCUGCACCGCGCGGCCCGGCGCCGGCGGCGGCAGGCCCGCGAGCAGCAGCGGCUCCGAGUCUUGGAACGCCUCCGCCUCGCCAGGAACCGCCACUGCCGGGUGCACCCUCUGGGGCCCCCAUCCUGCCCAGCCCAGCUCCCGCCACAGGAACACCCAGAACUUCCAGCAGCUACUGUGGCCCCCUGGCGCCGAGGAGCCUUCGGCUGGAGAGGAGCGCUCACCCUUCCCAGCCCCCUCUCCCCCCUCUCGUCCCUGCUGAAUCCUCAUAGGGAUGAUUAGAGAGAUGAGGAUUAAGGAGAACGCAAGCCGGCAACCUGCAGGCCCGCAAAGGGCAGAACAGAGGUAGUUCCAAGAAAGGCCCAGAACUUUGCCUCAGGGCCGGGGAGGCCAGACACACAGACACACGCAGCAGCUUCAGCCGCACCAGGAGGCGUGUUAUUUCUUCUUCCCUCCCCUAAGUCCACUGCCCGGCCAUUGUCAGAGCGCCAGGUCCUGAGGGUCAAGCAGCGAGAAGGCCCCAUUCUUUCGGAAGAACGAUUCAGUGCGGCACAUCUUACGGGAGACCAGUUCUUGCUUCACUGGGGGGCCUGUGGUAAGAUGUCAGAGGCCAGGAAUGGGUCCUGGGAAAGGGAACCAUGGGAGCCCUGCCUGUGGAGCCCUGGAAAUCUGCCUGUACUGUAUCCACUUUGGACGUGUGGAGGAAUAAAAGGUGCUUCUGAGCAACA